AUGUCGCAUUUUCGAUCGGUUUUGACGAGUUUUGGAAAGAUGACCAGUGCAAUGGGGCAAAGAGUGAGUUUCAGCCAAAAAUUGGGGGAAAAUAGUUGAAAAUCGAUUUUUUUAAGUGAUGAAAUCAAGUGCGCCCUAGCGAAACUUGAUUUUUGUCAGAAAAGCUUUCUUUAAAUAUUGUGCAAAUUAAUCAUCUCGUUAUUGAUUAUUUGUGAAACGAAAAGCUCGUUAGUUCGAAAAAAAUCAAUAAUUCAAUUUUGUAUCUCCGAUUUCUAUUCGAAAAUUACAAAUUCACUGAUUUUUUCUGAAAAAAUCAAAUUUCUCUUCAAAAAUCGAUAAUUCUCAUUGGAGAACGUUUUUAUCAAUGAUUCUGUGCUGCACAAAAUUUCAAAAUAUCAUUCAAAAUUUCCUAUUCUCAUUAGAGCGCAUUUGGAUUUUUAGUCCCCGAAUUCCUCAAUAAUUCAUUUCACUGUCGCAGUGACUGACUGAAAACCCCAUUUUCAAUGACCUUCGACAAACUUUUGAAAUGUGUUUACUAGUUGUUUUUUAUCUAUGAAAUAAAUAAAACCGGUUCUCAAAAAUUCCACUGAUCUAUGAGAAUUUCCAGCAAAUGUCUACUCACCCAUUGGCCGGACUUCUCGGACGUCUCAAUCACGUCGCCAUCGCCACCCCAGAUCUCAAAAAAACAUCGGACUUCUACAGAAACUUGGGAGCCAAAGUAUCAGAGCCAGUAGUAAGUUUUUCAUCACUCUUGCCGCCAAAAGUUCAAAUUCAAAUGUUUUUUAGCCACAACCAGAACACGGUGUUUACACGGUUUUCGUCGAGUUGCCAAAUUCGAAAAUCGAAUUAUUGCACCCGUUUGGUGAGAAAUCGCCAAUUCAGGCAUUUUUGAACAAAAAUUCCGCUGGUGGAAUGCAUCAUAUUUGUAUUGAAGUCAGAGAUAUUCAUGAGGUUAGUAGACUAGAAAUUGCGAAAAAAAUAUGGACUAGAAUCCGAAUUUACAAUUUUCCAGGCUGUCACCGCCGUCAAAUCAAAAGGAAUCCGAACAUUGGGCGAAAAACCGAAAAUCGGUGCUCACGGAAAAGAUGUGAUUUUCUUGCAUCCAAAAGAUUGCGGAGGAGUUUUGAUUGAAUUGGAACAAGAAUAA